AUGGGAAGUGCGUAUGCCGCCUACUCCUACAAUCAGGGAAGAUUCCAGUUCGAUGCAGGUCAGAAGCAGACCUCCGCCCACCAGAUGAUCAACAUGCGCAUCCAGCAAUGGCAGCUCUUCAGAGAGGACAUCCGUGACCUUUUCAACCUGACCACCUCGCAUAUGAGCACCUACAUGGUCAUCGGGACUUUGUUUCUGGGCUUCAGCGUGAGCUUCAUCUGGUACUGUCCGACCUUUCCCGGUCACCCGGCUUGGCUAAAGCUCCUUUGGGUGAACACAUCAGCCGGGGCCUUGUGCUACUCCUUCCUUGCUGUGUGGCUGGCCAUGCACGGUGCCAUAGCGGCACAGUCUGCCAGUGUUCAGCUGCUGACGCGUGCGAUCCGGCCACCGUAUCCGACUGCUAUGGAGCUGCAACGAGUUCAACAUCAGCUGGCCCAGUAUGAAGCCGCGCCUUCCAAGUUUUUCAGACCUCCUAACCUUCUCGGCCAAGAUCGGCAAGGACAAGAUGUCCCACCAGCACAUGAUCCUCAAAACCUUACUCUGCAAAGCACAGUGAACUCAAUGCCUGGUGCGGUGCAGGUUUCGGAUGCAACAGCCGAAGAGGCAGCCCAAGCAAUGGCGUUGCAGCAAGGCAGUGGGUGCAGCGAUCCGGCAAAUCCCUGGGAAUCGGAACCUGGUCUGUCAGCCGAGCUGGGCAUUCAUGUGAAGCUUUUUCAGCAGCUGCAAAAUUCCUUUCUGCCGUUCGAUGCCUAUGCCCGAGUCUGCCUUAUAGCAUGUGCGAGCAACUUGAUGCCUGCCCUUACAUACUUUUGGAUUGCGCACCAAAACUGGACUGAUCCUGGCGCAAUGCUUGCCACCGUAAUUUGCUCCUGCGCUCUGAUGUUCACCACCCUGGUGCUUUACAAGCUCGACUUCUAUGUCGAGAAGCAGCGCAUGCGGAUCUACAAAGCUGUGGUUGUUUGCGCUCCGCUGGUCUCCUGUGCUGCAGUGCAGAGCUGGGCGCAUGCCAGGCAGGUUGGUGGCGGGUGGCAUGUUGCCGAAGAGCUCGUUCAGUGGCUACUGGUUCUCGCAACCUGUUUGCUUCAUAUUUUGUGGAAGCUCCUGUUCAUCUGGGAAGCAAGGCCAUCAAAGGAAGACCUGGACCUACCCAUGAGUUUCCGAUCGGUUCGCUACUUGGACAUCUUUGGCAGCCUUCGUCGCAGGCAGGCCGACGAGCGGCGUCGUUUUGAGCAAGCGCUGCGGCAACGCAUGCCAGGGAGCCAGAACGACGGCGACUCCAGCGAACCGUCGGGCCAGCUAUCCGCCGAACAGGUCCUGGGCAUGAUCGAGCGGGUCUUGCUCAUAAAUCGGAGCUCGGACCAAGACCAGGACAUACUGCGGUCGGACGAGGUGCAAACUCUGCAACGUUCCAGAGAGCGCUUGCUUGCGCUGGGCCCGCCGGGUCUCUCCGCCGAGGAGCCAGACCUGGAGAUUUGGUUCCAGCGCGAAAUCACCACUGGCACCCGACGGCCGUUGGUGUUCUACAUCAACCUUGACACGUUCGAAACUGCCUGGGCUCCGAGUGCCCCACACCUCGACAUCGCGACCUUGUUAAGAGAAGUGGAGCGACUCACCGGCCGACGUGAGCGAACCAGGCAAAGCAUGCAAAGCGAAAGCGGGCGAGGCGUACAGCGCUUCGAAGUCGAGGGUGCUGAGCGGCAGGUGCCACCCUCAGACGAUGGCAGGACGAGCCUGGUCGACACGAUGUCUGCAGCGCAGCGGCCAUUCUUGCCCACAAUGCGGAGGCCAGGAUCCAGCCAUGAACAGUCGAGCAUGCCUUGGAAGUAUUUCAUGCAAUUAACGCUGAGUCUUAUCAUGGCUUGGCUUGUCACCACGGUGUAUUGCCUGGUCCAUCCGGACACCGGGACGAAGACCCAAUUGAUGCAGGUGAGAUCGUGGCCGCACGACUUCUUCGAGCCAGUGGCGAUGUCCUGUGUUGGCGACCAAUUUUUCCUAGGUGACAGGUUUGGAAUGUAUGCAGCGAAAAUGGCAGCCACAGGCGAGCCUGGAAGUUUCGAGGCGGCACAGAUCGGAACCGGACCUGAGCAGAACGGCCACGGCCAUAUGCCAUGGGCCCCGUUUGCAAGCGUCGCGGCUGUGAAGUCAGGGCCUACUCAAAUACUGGUGCUUCAGCAUGACGGCCGUGUCAUAUGGGAGCUGCACAGGAACUACAACAAGAUUUGGAAUAUUUCUUCACGUCUACCUGAGCCUGUGCGCGCCAUCGCUGUGAUUGGAGAGGAUAUGGCUGAUCAUGAGUGCGCUGGAUACGGAGAGCAGCCAUGGGGCAUCCUGGCUUCGAGCUGGGCCGGUGAAACUCUGGUACUGUGCCCGAAAGAUGGCACAUUGCACCCAAGGCGCCGGAUCUCGAAAAUGGAAGUGCAUGGCAGAAUGGUGGAAGCCAUCGGAAUGCAUCUGACGGCUACGAGCCUUUGGGUUCUUGCCAAGAGUGUUGAAGAUGGAUCCAGCUGGCUCGUCCGACAAAGCAGGUCUGGAGCCAAAGACAUCCAUCAGCUGCCACGGGGUCGCAGCUGGGCCACUGGCUUCUGUGGGGUGGGGCGCUCGAUGUCGAAUGUUAGUGAAGAGCCGGACACGGUAAUACUCGCGGGGCUCAGCCUGACGAGCAGCAUUCCGGAACUUUGGCAAGUGCAUAUGGGAAGAGCUGGCCUUCACUUCCUUCCAGGAUAG